GUGUUUAAAUGCUAUGUCUAUAAAUAGAUAUAAAAUACAUAGUGUGUGUAUAUUUUAUUUCCUUGGACAAAUUCAGUAUGAUAAACUUGGACUGGACGGUAGACCAUAUGGGACAUUUAAGGAAUGCAAAUCGAAUGUAAUUUAUACUGAAGUUUUGUGGUUCAUAGAAUUUAGAUCAACACUAUUUUUAGUAUAUUAAUUCAUUUUAACAUUUAUACGAGUGGAACGUAGUUUUGAUGUUCAAAAAUCUGUGCCCCAAGAUGGCAGGCCAAGUGGACGUUUAAACGAGGAACAAGAACUUCAAAGUGACGUAUACUUAUUUCGUUUAUUUUAAGGCUCAUUACAGCUCAAGAAAGUUUGAAUGAUAUCCUGUUGAAAGUUGGGUAAAUACACAGAUAGCAGAAUUAAACAGCUGAAAUACAUGCAUAGGUAAAUAACAAUGGCAUCAUCGAGUAGAUAUAUCUGCUCAAACUGCACGGAUGAGGAACAUGCAAUCACGUGGUGCACAGAAUGUGAACAUUUUCUUUGUACUGAUUGCCAAAAACAUCACAAAAGAUCAAAGGCCUCUAAAGACCACAAAACAAUAUCUACUGAUGAGUAUUGUAAUUUACCGAAGUUUAUGCGCGAAACGAGCAACCUUUGCAAAGAACAUGACAAAAAGUACGAUUUUUACUGUUCUGUCCAUUCAUAUCAUUGUUGCAUUGAAUGUAUCGCCGAUAAACAUCAACAGUGUAAGGACUUGAAACCCCUGGCAGACAGUUUAAAAGAUGUCAAAUUAUCUGCUAAUAUCCCGCUAUUGAAAAACAAUUUGAAGGAUCUGAGUGAAAGUUUCAAAGAGGUACUCCAUUACUUAAGAGAUAGAAUAAAAACAAUUAACCAUCAAAAAGAAGAAGGAAUUACGAAAAUCAGAAAAAUGCGUCAGUUACUAGAUGAUCAUUUUGACAAAUUAGAAAAGCAACUUCUAGAUGAUUUAGAAUCCGACUAUUUCAAGUUGAAAUCAGACAUGGAGGCACUUUUGGAGCAAGUUAAUAACCGAGCUAAACGAGUUGAUCAAUUGCAAGAUGAUUUUUUUACCAUGAACAAAUGUGCAACUGAACUGCAAAUAUAUAUCGGUCUGAGAGAAAUCGAAACCAACACCACGCCAGAAUCAACAUACUUAGAAGAAUUAGACACUGGAAGUCAAUUAAAUGACAGCAACUUGGAGAUCACCGUUUCUUCUGCUUUACAGUCAACUUUACAAGAGGUUAAAUCCUUUGGAAAUAUUUCUAUCAAACCAGCACCCAAUAACUUCAAAGUUAAGACUGUAGGAAAAUAUCAAGCUCAGCAGUUGGUUCCAAAAGUUCAUGAGAUGGAGCAUAUCAAACCAUUUCUGAUGAAUUCUUUAAGCGUUCCGAAUCGUUACAUUCUUAAUAUACCUGCUUGUCAGAUAUUCCAUGAUAUCAAAAACAAAAAAUGUACUUUAUUACUUCUUGAUCAAAAUAUGAAGCGCAUGAUGCAGUUCAGUAGUGAGGGGGUCUUUAUUAAACAUGUGAUGACUUUUACAGAUGAACCUCAUAAUUUGUGCCAUAUUGAGGGUGAUAUAGUAGCUGUCACUUUCAGAGGUGUUGAAAAGGUUAAACUGGUCAAUGUUGACAAAAAUAAAAUCAAAAAAGAUAUACAACUUUCACAUCAAUGUUUUGGAGUUUCAAGUGAUGGAGACGUUUUGGUAAUUAGCCAUGCAAAGGAUAGAAAAAUUGUCAUACUGAACCAUGUGAACUGUGAAGACAAAGACAUGCCAGACAUGUCAAAGCAAACUUUAGAAGGAAUUUGUGUCGACCGUCUUUCUCUUUUCAAAGGUAACAUAUAUGGCACCAACCGUUCUGAAAACAAAGUUUACUGUUAUAGAAUAACUGGAGAACCUUCAUGGACAUUUACCAACCAGUACAUUAGUCAACCAGAGGGAAUUGCUAUAGACAGGAACGGAUUUGUUUUUAUUGCUUCCAAUGGAAACAACAGAAUCGUUGUCAUAUCACCAGAUGGUAAAACAAGCAAAACAAUUCUGAGUGAGGAUAAUAGAAUCAGAGGACCUGGGGCAAUAAACAUAAACGGAGAAACAGGAAUGAUGAUAGUUUCUAGCUAUAUUGAUGGAGGGGAUAGUGCUUUCAUUUUCAAAAUCUAGCUUGAUAAAUUACUUAGAGGUUUACAAAAGUAAAAUUUGUAAAUAUGUGAAUCAGAAUAGAAACAAAAAUACAGUUCAGAGGGUUCAGAAAAGGGGUAUAAACUUUAAGUUGUUCAAGAAUCUCAUUUUGAUUUUUAUCUUUACUUUUCAACUACUUAUGGACUGAACUAAAAUGUAUUUUCUUUCUUUUAAUGCAUAUCUAUAUAUAAAAAAUCUAUUAUCUACA